CCCUAAAUGGCGCUGAGAUUGCUAAAUAAUAAUCUAAUUCAACAUGAAUUCAUCCUUUUUCGACUACAAUCAAGAGAUCUCUAUUCUAUCAACUCCUUAUGGCAGCAAAGAAGGCACUGAAAGGUAUUUUCCAAGGAAGAAAAAGUCUCAAACUAAGGAAGAUAUGCUGCUCUCAAGUAUUCCCUUUGCUCUACUACCUCAAGGCGAUAAGAAGAAGAUUCUUACUAGAAGAAAUGGCAUGAAGGAUUUGAAAACACAGCAAGUCCUUCAUCAGUUCAAAUGCGGCUCUAGGUCUCAAGAGCCCAGAAGAGCAGCUAGAGAUCAGAGAAAGAGUAAAAUAUCUGCCAAGAAGUUUAUCCAUGCAUUUAAUAAGGCUAAACUUAGGCAAAAUAAGCAAGGAUGUAAAGAGAAGAAGAACUCAAAUGGUCUUAAGAUCGCCAGUUUGACGACUGAUACUUGUGGAAAUGGAAGAGAGUAUCAAAAGAAUCUAUCUAAAAAUGAAGCUUCAAAGUUAAAUUUUGAUUCGAUAAAUUCAGAGUCCACAAAAUUUGGAUUGUUAGAAUCAGGACAUAUAAAGCUUAAUUCUAAUACUCCUUCAAAUAUCCACCAUGGCCAGAGACUUGGCUACCCCAUCUCUGACUUCCAAACACCAUCAAGGAACGAAAACCUCCCAGGACUAUCAAUUUUCACUGACACAAAGAUCAAAACUCCACUUAUGAAGAUGGAGAGCUUUCGGAUUACUAAUUCGAAGGUGCUGUUAGCAAGACUUAGAGGGAAGUUAGGGAAGGCAUCCCUUACAAGUCCUUUGAAUAUUCCUGAAUCAAGGAGAUCCAAAAAAUGCGCGUCAGAAUGCAAGGUUAGAAAGCCUGUAGCUGAUAAAUCAGAUAUUAAAGCUGAGAAAGCAUACCAAAGAAUGGAAAAACUCCUUGGGAAGUUCGAUGAGUGAAUUAGAGACGCUAAUAUCUAUGCUGGUGACUCUGCCCAAAUCUCUCUUGAGCUUCGAAGGACUAAGGUCAGGAGGAAGAUCCGUGCUUAUAAUGAAACCGUCAAUGUGUAAAUUUCAAACCGAU